CGCCAGCAGCCACACAAACGCACUCUCCUCUCGGUUACAUUCACAGUCACACACAUACCGCACACACACACCGCCGCCGCCGCCGCUGCUGCUGCUGCCACCACUCGCAUACACACAGGAACACACACACACACGCUCACACGCAAACAGAGACAGUGACUGCUGCCAGGCUCAGUGGGAAGCAAGCCGUCAGGAGGAGAGCUUGAAAAGAGAGAGGGAUCGCCGAAGGGAAGAGAAGAAAAGAAAACAGAGUUGGAGGGGCACCUUGUGGAUCAGAAGGGAUUUUCCUCUGCUACAGCGUUAUCUACCUAUCUAUCCCCGGAGCUUAACAAAAGAAGGAGGGAGUGAGGAAAAAAGCAGUCACAGCUUCAGCUCCAGACCACCCUCUCUCCUCCUCCUCCUCCUCCUACUCCUCCUCCGCCUCUUCCUUCUCCCGUUCUUUCCCCAGCUCCACAUCCAUGUGUGAGUUCAUCGCUGAUUUCACUGUCUUUUGAGGAUAGAGCGGAGGGCAGCGUGCGUUCUCCAGGAUACAGCUGGGCUCCCACUGGGAUCAGGGUCUCGUCUGGUGUAGAGAGAGAGAGUGGAAAGAGGGAGACUGGGAAACGGAUACACAGAACGAGAGAGAGAGAGAGAGAGAAAGAGAGAGAGACACUGGGAAGCAAAUUGAGGGACAUGCUCAGGGCAGCAGAGAAGAAGAGUUAGUCUGUUUUCUAGAGCGGAGAGUGCACAGACCCAGCAAACGAAACCCAACCAUUCACCCCCCUUCUCCUCCUCUUCCCUCUUCUUUUACCCUCUUUCAGUCCUGCACUUUGAUUCCUUCUAUUGUUUCCUGUCUUGCUGUUAUCCUUCCAUAUCUUCCUUUCCACAUCCCACACCUCCAUCUCCCCUGGCAUCUCUUCUGCUGCUACUCCGGCAGCUCUUCUUCCCGACCCACAAGAAAGGCAGGUUUUUUGAGGCUCUCUUUCGAGCUCCAAAACAAAUCGACAGACCAAAAUCCCACGUACUAUCUGUCCCUGCAGCCAUCCCUUCUUCUGUGCUUUGGACAUCUUCGCCAGAGAGAGGAGAGCGUUCUCUGUGCAUCCUCCACUGUUGCCAACAGCCCUCUCUGAAGGAUCCAAGCCAGCAGCUGGAAGUGAUCUUGCCCCACCUGUGAGCUUCCAUCUCCAAGCGUCCAGGACCUUCAGUUGGAUUCCAGCUACAUGGGAAAACGUUUGGAUCAGCAGCCAAUGUACCCCCACUACACCUACUACUACCCCCACUAUCUGCAGACUAAGCAGUCUUAUGCUCCCCCCCCCCAACCUAUGGCUCCACCCAGUCCAGGAACUACAGGAGGAGGAGGUGGAGGUCAUGGAGGAGGGCUGGCCGAGCAACUAAGUAAAACCAACCUGUACAUCAGAGGCCUGCCGCCUGCUACCACUGACCAGGACCUCAUAAAACUGUGCCAGCCAUAUGGGAAGAUUGUGUCAACAAAGGCAAUCUUGGACAAAAACACCAAUCAGUGCAAAGGCUACGGUUUUGUGGACUUUGACAGCCCUGCUGCAGCCCAGAAAGCUGUGGCCUCGCUCAAAGCCAAUGGAGUCCAAGCACAGAUGGCAAAGCAACAGGAGCAGGACCCCACCAACCUUUACAUCUCCAACCUGCCGGUGUCGAUGGACGAGCAGGAGCUGGAGAACAUGCUGAAGCCCUUCGGUCAUGUCAUUUCCACACGGAUACUGAGGGACGCCAGCGGCCUGAGCAGAGGAGUCGGCUUUGCCAGGAUGGAGUCAACUGAAAAGUGCGAUGUGGUGAUUCAAAAUUUCAAUGGGAAGUUUUUGAAAACGCCUCCAGGCAUGACGGCUCCUGCAGAGCCUUUGCUUUGCAAGUUUGCUGACGGAGGCCAGAAGAAGAGGCAAACCCAGGUCAAAUAUCCCCAGAAUGGCCGACCAUGGACACGAGAAGGAGAGAGUGGCAUGGCGUUAACAUAUGAUCCCACAACAAUGCCGAAUGGGCUCUACUCUUCGCCAUAUAGCAUCUCCACCAAUCGGAUGAUUGCUCAGACAUCAAUCACACCCUUCAUUGCUGCCUCCCCUGUCUCCACAUAUCAGGUCCAAAGUACAUCUUGGAUGCCACAUCAACAGUAUGUUAUGCAACCUACAGGUGCUGUGAUCACGCCAGCCGCAGCCAUCGAGCCCAGUUUGUCUCUCCACCCCUCUAGUGUUAUGGCUCCUCUCACCCAGCAGAUGAACCACCUCUCUCUGGGCCCCACAGGCACUUACAUGUCUGCUGCAGUGGCUCCUAUGCAAGGAACCUACAUUCCCCAGUACACUGCAGUACCUGCCUCUGCCAUUACAGUGGAUGGUGUGGUAUCAGACCCAUCUCCACAGACAACUGUCCCCUCCUCGCAGGAUGCCAGUGGGCAGCAGUCUUUAUCUGUGGAGAGUACAGUUGACCACGCCACAGCCUACUCUUACCAACAGACUAAAUACUAAAGUGGUUGAUCAAUGGACCCAAACAGGUGUUUAAUGGUCAGAUAAUACGUUUGGUAAGGAUCUUUGCUACGUUGCCUUUAGACGGACUGCAUGAAGGUGAUGGAAACAGUGGAAACGGCAAAGAACAAAAACACAGAAGUGAUGUGGACAAUGCUGAGGGAGAAAUGAUUCCAGGGUGCAGAGGCACCAACAAAAAAAAAGACAGAGUGAAGAAAAAAAUCAAUUAUCCUUCAUACUUGGCUGAAAAAGACAGACAAAACAAAUGAUUGUUGAACUAGAGGACACUGGAAUCAAUCACAGUCCUCAACUCUCAUUUGAUCAUUUUUCACCUUGAAACUGGACUUUGCUUCUAAAGGAAAAAAAAAGAAGAAGAAAAAGACUGAAAUGAAAAACUCAAAACUGUACAGAAAAUUUAACAUUUGAAUGUCCAGAUAGAUUUUCUGAAUUUUUUUAUAAUAUAAAAAAAGAAAGAAGGAAGCGAAGUCUAGGCGAAAACAGGCUGUCUUCCUUUGAUAUCAAGCUACAUUAUUUUCUUUCUUUUUAUUUGAGUAGUUUUCUAGAAUAUCAAUGUUUUCGUAAAUCUUUAUUGCCUUAAUUUUCUCAGACUUUGGGAAAGAAGUUUCCAAAGUACUGAAUUUAAAAAUAAAAAAAAAAAAAGAGAGAAAGAGGUUCAAUCAUUUGAGAUGGUUUUUGAGAGCCUCUGAGAUGAAAUCUACAAAGCUAUCUGUACAGGAUUUAAACAAAUAGGAUGUAUUUGUAUGAAGAUGAAUCUUGAAUUAUGUGGUGCAGUGCAGGUGAUGUUGGUUGGUUUAGAUUAAGAAAAUCUUUAUUGUGACUCGUGGGAAGGAUCAAGCCAAAGGCUUGAAAAGGCGGUUUGGUUUGGUUCAAUCAUGGAUAGAAGCUCUGUUCUUCACUGCAUUUGUAUUUUUUGUUGUUUUUGUUUUUGAGUGCAAUCUUUUUAAAAAGGUUUUUGCUUUAUUUGUGCUUUGCUUGUCUCACUGCAUAAGGAGGAAACAAAUUAUUUCUGCCUUUGUCAAAAAUAAAAUGAAAAAAAAAAAGCUGAGAUUUUUAAACGUGCAAAGAGCAAUAGUUUUAGUAUAAUUGUUGGCAGUUUCAUGCGUGUUUCUUAACUAACGCAGCCUACAGGGGGCAUAUUUUAUACCAAAGAUGAAGAAACUAUGUUGUGAAGAGAUCUUCCUUGUGUUGCUUUUUUUAAUUAUUAUUAUUAUUUUUACCUUAUAAACUAAAAUGGUCUUCUUGCUUGUCAUCCUGUUGGCGUGUGGGAAUAUUUUAUCACUAAAUGAGAACAGGAGGUAAGUCUAACACAAAUGCCUCAACCUCAAGAGAUGGUUUGUUUGUCAUGUGAUCAAACGUGAUGUUGAUCUGAACCAUCACGUCUAAGGAGAGAUCCACUCCCCUGUGGGUUAUUAGAGUGUACUUUUUUAAGCUUACAUCCAUCUUGGGCCUCCUUAAGCUGCAUUUACCAACAUCACUCUUUAAAUGUCAACACUGAGAUCUUCUAUCUCACGAUGACUGCUUCCGAAAAUACCAGAUAUUUUAAAUGUUAAAAUUUGAAAUGUAUGCUCUUAGUCAAACAAGCUGCUUUAUGUCACUGUCUUGCCAAACACCAGCCACUGAAAAGGUGAGCAUCAAUGAUUUCUGUAUUAGUUAAGGGCAUUUCUGUAAAAAAUCAUUUCUGCUAAUUCAGAUUUUUUUUUUUUUAAUGUUUAUAUGUCUUUUUUUUCAGAGUUGAUUUUAAUGUUUUGAGCUGCUAGUCAUUUUUCAGUAUUGGGGAUAUAGGUUGUCUUGUGCUGGGUGUGUGUGGAGAGACAUGCACCUCCAGAAUGACAGGGAUGGACCUUUUCAAGCCAAAAUGAAGACUUAAAGAAAUAAAGAUCCAAAUUAUUUGUUCUUAAUACAAGCGCAUCAGAUGACAGCGAGGGGAGAUGGGGAGAAGAGAACAAAAUAGUGAACUCUAUAUAGACUUUGGCACACGCUGGCUCCAAGGUCGGAUUGUCGCCCUCCACCAAUGAAAGGGAGCCAGUGGGGGACGACACGACAGAUGGACAAAGAAAAGGGAGUUUCAAUAAAAUCAGUUACAAACCUCUGGAAAAUAAGUUAUCAAAUGGAAGGAUGAAAUAAAAAAGAACAAAAGUAAUAUUUAUGAGAUCCUUUUUUUUGUACAGGUGUAAAAGAAAAUGCAACAGAAAUAACUUUGAUGAUGCUAUUUUUUUAUUUGCUCAGUCACAUGCCUCCCAUGUCUUUCAAAGUUGUGAUUUUGACUGUCUGUAGAACUAGUGGAUAUUGCUGUAGUUUCCGAUGUGUCUUUCUGUUUGUUUUGUUUUUGUUUUCUUUUUAGAGAAAAACUUUCAAUAAA